CUAGGGAACCAUGACUAAGUAUAGCUUAAUUAAAAGUUUCCAAUAACUUGUAUUGACAUCAUACUUUAGGUUAGGUGUAAAUGCAGUGUUCUCUUGGAGAAAGAGGUAACAAUGCCAGAAAGGCAGUAACAUAGGUUUUGUAAAGUUGUUCAGAUGUCACCAAAAAGGCUUAGAAUUGGCUUCAGACUGUUUAUGGAGCACCCUUUUUGAAUGUGGAAAAGAUUUCUCUAGAUGACUAAGGGUAAGAAAUCAUUACCUGACCCACCCCCUUUGUGAAAAGCUUGGUUUUCUUUCAUUCAUUUGAUGGGAUAUGGAGACUGCUGGCUGAGCCAGCGUUUAUUGCUUAAUCUCUUUUUUUCCCCCUAAAAGGUGGUGAUGAGCUAACUGCUUGAACUGCUGCUGUCUUUGGGCAUGAAGUACACAAUAAUACUAUUCGGAAGGGAGUUCCAGGACAUUGACACAACAGCAUUUCUGAAUGGACGGCUGUGUCUAGUAGCAUUCCUCAGGGAUCUGUGUUGCAACCUUUGGCUUGCUUAAUGUGUUUGCCGAUGACAAAAAUUGGUGGAAUCGCUGAUAGUGAUGAGGACUGUCAGAGGAUGUAGCAAGAUGUAGAUCGGUUGGUGACUUGGACAGAGAUGGCAGAUGGAGUUUAAUCUAGGAAAAAUAAGAUGACAGACAGACAAGAGAAAAAUAAUACAAAAGCACUUGUUGCAAAACCUUUGAGAGAGAGACUCCCAUCUGGAGAAAAUGCCUAUUUAGAGUCCACCACUGAAGGGAUGGUGGACUUUGCAGAUUACUUCAAUCAGUUGGACCUAUUAGAGACACAUGGACAUCUGAUACCUAUGGGAACACACAGUAUGUGGCCUGGAGAAUCAGAGGAGGAAGAUGGUGAAGCUGAAAGUGAUUUGGAUUUUAAAAAGAAAGAAAUAGAGUUGAAAAAUGACCCAGCAGGUCUGUUACUCUGGGCAUCUCAGAAAAAUCAGGUUUCAAUAGUAAGCGGACUUCUCUCUGAAAAUCCCAGUCUGGUGAAUGUUAAAGAUGAUGACAACUAUACACCACUGCAUAGGGCUGCCUAUAGUGAUCAUAUAGAGGUUGUUCGUGAACUGAUAGCUCGUGGAGCUGAUGUGCAUGCUCGCUCUAUCGAUGGCUGGACACCUUUGCACAGCGCCUGUAAAUGGAACAAUGCAGCAAUAGCCUCAUUUCUUCUACAGCAUGAUGCAGAUAUCAAUGCCCAGACAAAUGGCUUGCAGACUGCAUUGCAUCUUGCAUCAGGAAGUAAAGACACAAAGGAAACAAUUGAAUUGUUAUUAAUGAAUCGCUACAUUAAUUCAGACUUAAAUAAUAAUUUGGGUGAGAAAGCAUAUGACGUUGCUUGUAGGUCAAGUAUUUACUACUGCCUCUUUGAAAUUACAGAACACUGCACAAAUUCUGUACCUGAGUCUCAAUGAUCUAGUUUAAUGUAGAUCUAUAGUACAACUGUACCAUUCACCAAAAUGUAUGGCUAUUAAGUGCCAAGAAACAUAUUUGAUUCAGAAAUUAAGGAUAUAUUCUGAAACUUGAAGCAGUAUUUCUUUGUUAAAGAUGACAAUUUUUAUUUAUACAAAUUAGUUGUAACUUCAGAAAAUAUCAUACCAUUUUCAGUGGAAGAAUGCAAAUAUCCUUUUUCUUCAUCAAUGCUUACAUUUUCUGUUCUGAGGGAUAGCAACCAGUUGUCAUCUCGUGAGAUGUUCAGCUGAAAUCCUGUUUUCCUGCUUCAGCUGGACAUUAAGUGGCACGUAGCACUAUCUCAGAACAGCUGGGGAGAGUACCCCUGCAUUCAGUGUUAUACUAUCAGAUUAUCUGGUCAUAAUCACAUUGCUGUUUAAAGGAUCUCACUUGUAUAAAAUGGCAGAUGCAUAUCUACAUUCUAACAGUGACUGUUUCAAAGGUAUUUAAUUGACUAAGGCAUUUUAUGACCUGUGUUUGUGAAAGAUACCACCUAAACGCAAACUUUGGUAUUACUUUUGAUCUCACUCCCUUUCGCAGGGAUAGAAAAUAGAGAAAGUUUAAGUUAAUUGGGAAAGUAAAAUUUAAGGUCCAAGUAAGGCAAUGGCUGAUCUGACUGAUGGAGAAGGCUCAAGGGACUAAAUGACCUUCUUUUAUUAUCUUCUUUAAGAGACUGUAAGGUUGCUGGUGUGGGAACAUUUUCUGGUUCUCAAAGGUGCUCUUUCAAAAGUGGGGUUGCCAUGCUUACCACUGACCACCUCCAAGCAAAUGGUAUAUUUUUGAAGUAUUGUCAGUGUUGAAAUGUAGUGAAAUAAAUGGAAUAUUCAAUAGCA